AUGUCACUCAUUCUAAAACGAUUUGCCUCCUCGACGCAACCGCUGCCCGAUAAGAAAGCCCAAGCAGCCCAACUUGCCGUCCAGUCACUCAAAGAUUUCGGCUCUCUUUUAUCGCCAUCGUCGGACGAUGCAACCCAACCAAUAGAUACGAAACCCAUCUAUGCCAAUCCACAACUUUUUCCCGCAUUAUCUCUCUUGCAUCAGGGUCAAGUCGUUGAUGAAUUACAGCUGAAGUACGACAAGAACUGGAACAAGUUGAGCAAAGAGGACAAAUUGUUGGGGUAUUUCAUCUCGUAUGGCGAUUGGGGCGUGCGUGAAAAAUUCUCCAAUUGGAAUAAAGCAGAUUCAGCUCCGUUGGACUUACCGUUCCAUGUGCCGAGCAAGUUAAAGAGUUUGCACCCGAAGGACUCAGAUAUGGUUAUGAAAUUGGAGCCGGUCAAGUUGAGUGAAACGCCGGUGAGAAUUAAUCAAUUUGAUUAUAAAAAGAUGGAUCCUGCUAGUAAAGUGUGCAUAUACUUGAUUGUGUUUAUUGCUAUGCUUGCAAUAUACCGUGAUAAGAAUAUAGGUGAGGCUGGUAGGCCGGUUGAAGUCAAGAUUGAAGACCAGUAUGAGGUAGCGAGACAACAGGAGAUUCAGGAGAAACAACAACGAGAAAUUGAGGAACAAGAGAGGGAGAAACAGAGACAAGGUCGAAAAUGGUAUUAUCUUUGGUUAAAGUAA